AUGGCUGCAGAGCAGACACAAAAGCACCUGACAUUGCCAGAGGUACUGGAGGAGUUGAAGAGAAUAACUGACAUAGCCUUCCCAAUAGUGGCCAUGGGCUUGGUGGGAUAUCUAAAAAACAUGAUUUUAGUUGUGUGCAUGGGAAGGCUUGGGAGCAUUGAGCUAGCUGGUGGGGCACUAGCCAUUGGCUUCACCAACAUCACUGGCUACUCAGUUCUAUCAGGUCUAGCCAUGGGGAUGGAGCCGCUUUGUAGUCAGGCUUUCGGUUCUAGAAACUUUAGUAUAGCAUCACUCACUCUACAAAGGACAAUUUUUAUGUUAUUGUUAACUUCAUUACCAAUUGGAUUGUUAUGGUUUAAUCUUGAGCCUCUCAUGCUUAGGCUCCAUCAAAACCCAGAUAUAACACAUGUUGCAAGUCUCUACUGCCGGUAUGCUAUCCCGGAUCUUAUUGCUAAUAGCCUUCUUCAUCCGCUACGUAUCUACUUACGUAGUCAAGGGACAACAUGGCCACUGAUGUGGUGCACUUCACUUGCGAUACUUCUCCACUUCCCCAUAACCAUCUUCUUAACCUUCACUCUUUGUCUUGGGGUCCCAGGGGUUGCAAUUUCAACCUUUAUCACCAACUUUAAUACCUUGUUUUUCCUUUUAGGCUACACAUUCUACUCUCGUACCUCUAAAGAUCCUCUGUCUACACCACUAAUUUCACAAGUGAUUUCGCUUUCUUCGACUUCACUCGGCAAGGAUUGGAGAAUGCUACUUCGUCUUGCUGUACCAAGUUGUCUAGCUGUUUGUUUAGAAUGGUGGUGGUACGAGUUCAUGACACUUCUAGCUGGUUAUCUUUACAAUCCUCAUAUUGCCCUUGCAACAUCGGCUAUAGUAAUUCAAACAACCUCUCUCAUGUAUACAUUGCCUUCGGCACUUGGUGCAUCAGUCUCAACAAGAGUAGGAAACGAGCUCGGAGCAGGUAGGCCAGGUAAGGCCCGUUUGGCAACAGUGGUAGCCAUAGGGCUGGCUCUCCUAACCUCGAUGUUUGGAUUGUUAUGGACCACCCUAGGGAGAGAAGCAUGGGGGAGAGUCUUCACACAGGACAAUGAGGUUCUAGAGCUAACAAUAGCUGUACUACCCAUAAUUGGACUGUGCGAGCUUGCCAACUGUCCACAGACAACAUGUUGUGGGGUUCUCCGAGGAAGUGCUAGACCCAGUGUUGGGGCAGCUAUUAACUUCUACUCAUUUUACUUGGUGGGUGCACCAGCGGCAAUAGCUUUGGCCUUCGUUUGGAAACUAGGAUUUGUGGGCCUUUGUUAUGGGCUUUUAGCAGCUCAAGUGGCAUGUGCAAUCUCAAUCUUAACAGUGAUAUACUACACAGACUGGGAUACAGAGUCAUUAAAGGCCAAAUACUUGGUGGCAGCUAGUAGUGCGUUUGCACAUGCAGAUCAAACAGUGAAAUGUGAGGAAGGAGUUGGAUUUCUCAAGGUAUCUGCUUUCGAAAAGUGAAUGGAGUUCAUGGAAGUAAACAUGUAAAAAUAAUAUAGCACUAACACGAUAAGGUCACAUAGUACACCUAAUUUUCAUUGUUUCAUGUCAAACUAUAUUAAUGUGUAUGUACAACUUUUAUUUUUCUA